UGCGCCUCUGGGUUUAUAGACUCUGUGGUGUAGCCUUUUUGUCUUCUACCAAACCACGAUAAGAAAUGUAAGCGUCCGCACAGUGCUUCGAAAUAAACUUAGCAAUUCCAACGCAUGCUCCGGUAUCAUCACUACUGAAUGUCCAGCUAUCUCUCUGUCGAUUGAAAAUGUAUAAACUAGAUGCGUUUCGUGUGUUUUUAAAUGAGCGUUUAACGGCGGCUGUUCUGGAGAUUUUCGGGGCAGUUGAGGAAAACGGUAGUGGAGUACCAGGAGGAGAAUGAUCGGCUACGAAUAAUGCUGCGGAGGACACCGGAGAUACAACUAUGUAGAAUAGACUCCCUGCAGCUCUCUGUCUCUGAAGAGGAGGUUCCCCCUGAGCAGCAGCACUGUGAGCAGGAGUGGAGCCCCAGUCUGGGACAGAAGGACCCAGAGACCAAACAGAUUAAAGAGGAACAGGAGGAAGUCAGGACCAGUCAGGAGGGAGAGCAGCUUCAAGGGCUCCUUGAUACCAAAGACUCCAUAUUCACUCCUUCCUGUGUGAAAAGUGAAUGUGGUCUGGAGAACCCAUGUCAAGAAGUCAUACUAGCUGAACACCCAACUCUCAGUCCACUGAAAGUGUCUAAACUACAGUCGUUUUGUGUGUUUUUAAAUGAAUGUUUAACGGCAUCUGCUGCUAUGGAGAUUUCCGGUGCAGUUGAGAAAACGGUAGUGGAGUACCAGGAGGAGAAUGAUCGGCUACGGAGACUGCUGCGGAUCACACCAGAGAUACAACUAUGUAGAAUAGACUCCCUGCAGCUCUCUGCCUCUGAAGAGGAGGUUUCCCCUGAGCAGCAGCAUUGUGAGCAGGAGUGGAGCCCCAGUCUGGGCCAGAAGGACCCAGAGACUAAACAGAUUAAAGAGGAACAGGAGGAAGUCAGGACCAGUCAGGAGGAAGAGCAGCUUCAAGGUCUUGAGCCUGAUAUCAUAGAGUUCAAAUUCACUCCUUCCUGUGUGAAAAGUGAAUGUGAUCAGGAGGACCCACUUCAGUCCUUGACUCUUCCCCAAACUAAGACUGAGGAAAACAGAGAGAGAGACUCUAAACCAGUGGAUCCCAAACUUUUUGUUACUGUGACCCACUUAAAAGGUCUCAACAUUCCCUGUGACCCUCCAGAUAAUCAAAACAAUGCCUUCAGCCACAGUUCAGCUGUAAGCAGUGACCCAGUAGGACUUGACAGUAGCCCACCAUUAGAUCCCAGUCCACCAUUAGAUCCCAGUCCACCAUUGGAUCCCAGUCCACCAUUGAGAAAACACCAUUCCAAACACAGCACCUGUUCUAAAACAACUCAUAGCUGCCAUGACUGUGGCAAAAGCUUCAGUAUCAAGAAGGACCUAACCAGGCAUAAACUGACUCACACUGGAGAGAAACCAUUUAGCUGUGGUGAUUGUGGGAAAAGCUUCAGUCAGAAGGGAGACCUAGGGAGGCACAUACUGACUCAUACAGGAGAGAAACCUUUUAGUUGUGGUGACUGUGGGAAAAAAUUCAAUUGCCACUGGCUCCUAACCAGACAUAAACUGACUCACACAGGAGAGAAACCAUUUAGCUGUGGUGACUGUGGGAAAAGCUUCAAUCAGAAGGGUCACCUGAACUUGCACAUAUUGACUCACACAGGAAUAAAACCAUUUAGCUGUGGUGACUGUGGGAAAAGCUUCAAUCAGAAGGGUCACCUAAACUUUCAUAUACGGACUCACACAGGAGUGAAUCCAUUUAGCUGUGAGGACUGCGAUAAAAGCUUCAGAAACAAGGGCACCCUAGCCGAACAUAUACAGAUUCACAAAGGAGAGAAACAACAUGGCUGCUCAAUCUGUGGCAAAAGUUUCACUCAUAAAACAAAUCUUCUGAGGCAUGUGGAUAAAGUCCACAAUGGAAGAAAACAGUAAUAAAAACUGAAAGACUAAAGAAAAUGAGGAUAAAGAUGUUCUGUCAGAAGAUGGGAAUAACAGGCAGGAUGUGGGCAACACACUUAGGAAAGCAAAGCAAAUCUGGAUCAUUCUUACUUUGGGGUCCAAAUGAAUAGGUGUGUGAUCAAAGGGUACAUAGUCACAAGUCUGCUGAUCGAAGUCUGUUGAUGUUUUCACGUAAUUACAAAAUAGGAAUUCCUG